AUGGCUACAGGGAACAUGAACACCAUGCGCAAGCACUGGCAGAACAAGCACAGCUGGUCGCCAUAUCCCAGCCGUGGCCGUACAGCGCCACAAAAGCGUACGGCAGCACAGGAUGAGGUGGACAGAUCAUGCCAGAAGGUGCAGUUCCAGCAGGUAUUUGCAUCGCGCAAGGGCUCCCACUACAUACAGAUCCAGACUAAGGAGACUACUGAGCACACCGGCACGCCAGACCAGAACAGAGCCAGCCAUGUCAUUGAUGAGCUGGAGCGGUUUUACCGGGAACAGCAACGGCAGACCAGCAAUGUCAUCCAGGCCGGGGAGCACGAUGAAGCCAACCCAUGGCUGCGGCGGACCAGAUGGCCGGGUGUACUUGACCAACAUCGCACCCAAUGA